AUGGCUGACGAUGAAGCUGAGGCUGCCUUCUUCCAGGCGCAAGCCUUGACUUCCGAGUCGCAUGCCCCCGCCGAGGAGGAGGCCGAGAACUCUGAUUCGGAUGAUUACGACCCAUCUCAGGCAUUGGGUGAGCAGUAUGCGACCUCGUUCGCCGACCCCCAGCAAGCCGAUGGCGCAACCGAUGAUGAACCUAACCGGGAUGACACGAUCAAUUCUGGCCCCAAUGUCGCUGUGACAUCGAACACUGAAGCUCCCACGGACAAUAACGCCCUUGAUCAUUCUCAGGAUCCCUCUCAUGCUGGGUCUCAGACACCAACGCCCGUACCACCAGCCGAGGAUGUGAUACAGCCCAAGGUCACAGCGGAUGGCACAGUCCGGGUUGAAGAGGAUGAGGAUGACGAGGGUGACGCGGAUUAUGAGCCACCAGCUGUACUUGAGGGCGAGGAAGAAAAUGCUAUUCCCAUGACCAUGUCUGAAGAUCCCAGUUCAGGAAAUGCAAUUCAAAACACUUCCACCCUUGAUGUAUCAUCACACCAAGCUGAGCAGGGACCUGCCAGUGGGCCAGAUCUUUCCAAUAGUUCUUACUCUCCUGCUCGUGUCUCUAAUAUUGAUGUUUCUUCUGUUUCUGGCCAACCUCAGUGGGGUGCGCAUAACUCGCAACCCGCAAACAUGCAGAACAGCACUGCUCCCACUCCUGUACCUGACUCUGACUCUCCUUCUGCACAAGGCCGUCUGGCCCACGACCGGGUGGGAAUCCUGCAAGACCGCAUUGAGCAAGAUCCCCGAGGUGAUAUCCCUGCCUGGUUGGAAUUAAUUGCAGAGCACCGAAGCCGCAACAGAUUAGACGGCGCCCGUGAGACCUACGAGAGUUUCUUGAAAGUCUUUCCUAUGGCUGCCGACCAAUGGGUGGCAUAUGCGAACAUGGAAUCCGAGCUCAACGAACUCUUCCGCCUGGAACAAAUCUUCAACCGAACAUUGUUGACCAUCCCGAGCGUCCAUCUCUGGUCUGUGUACCUUGAUUAUGUCCGCCGCCGGAACCCGCUCAGCACAGAUGCCUCUGGACAGGCGAGGAAAACCAUUUCAUCUGCGUAUGACCUUGCUAUUCAGUAUGUCGGCAUGGACAAAGACUCCGGCAGCAUCUGGACCGACUACAUCGAGUUCAUUCGCUCCGGGCCAGGAAGCGUCGGGGGUUCCGGAUGGCAGGACCAGCAAAAGAUGGACCUGCUCCGGAAGGCCUACCAGCGUGCUAUCAGCGUUCCGACCCAAGCCGUCAAUACCAUGUGGAAGGAAUAUGAUCAAUUCGAGAUGGGAUUGAACAAGCUCACGGGUCGAAAAUUCCUGCAGGAACAUUCGCCAUCCUACAUGACUGCGCGCAGCUCUUACACCGAGUUGUUCAAUAUCACACGCGAUCUCAUCCGCACGUCACUUCCAAUGAUGCCUCCGAUGCCAGGCGCCGAAGGUGACGUUGAGUACACGGCGCAAGCCGAAAUUUGGAAACGCUGGCUGGCAUGGGAAAAGGAAGACCCUCUGGUACUUAAGGAGGAUGAUCUCGCAGCAUUCAAAUCGCGAGUGGUCUAUGUCUACAAGCAGGCACUGAUGGCGCUGAGCUUCUUGCCCGAGAUCUGGUUUGACGCCGCAGAGUUCUGCUUCUUGAACGAUAUGGAAAAUGAGGGCAAUGAGUUCUUAAAACAGGGUGUUGAAGCGAACCCUGAAAGCUGUCUCUUGACAUUCAAACGAGCAGACCGAUUGGAAGUUACUUCUGACUCCGAACAAGACUCUGCCAAGCGGGCAGCCAAGGUUCGGGAACCUUAUGAUAAGCUUCUUGAUGCACUUUACGAUUUGAUCACCAAAGCUCGCGAGCGGGAGACGCAGGACGUUGCUCGUAUCGAAGAGGCCUUUGCCCCUAAGGCAGCUGAGGCGCAACCUGACAAUGAAGACGACUCUGAUCCUGAGGCAAAGGAAAGAGAAGCAGCGAAAAGGGCACAGAUCGAUGUGGUUCACAAGACUCACUUCGUUCACAUUAACGCGCUUUCCAAAACUCUCUCUUUCGCAUGGAUUUCAUUGAUGCGCUCCAUGCGUCGGAUUCAGGGCAAGGGCAAGCCCGGAGAACUGGCGGGUUCCAGACAAAUCUUCGCAGAAGCCCGAAAGCGUGGCCGGAUCACAAGCGAUGUUUACAUUGCCAGUGCUCUCAUGGAGUACCAUUGUUACAAAGACCCUGCUGCGACCAAGAUCUUCGAGCGAGGCGCCAAAUUGUUCCCAGAAGAUGAGAACUUCGCCCUGGAGUAUCUCAAACACCUCCUUGAUAUCAAUGAUGUCAUAAAUGCCAGAGCUGUCUUUGAGACUACCGUGAGGAAAUUGGCAUCCAACCCCGAGAGCGUUCACAAGGCCAAGCCUAUCUUCUCGUUCCUUCAUGGAUAUGAGUCUCGGUAUGGUGAUCUCACCCAAGUGAUCAAUCUGGAGAGUCGCAUGCGUGAGCUCUACCCUGAGGACCCUACCCUCGCUCAAUUUGCGCAUCGCUACGCCAGCCCCACGUUUGAUCCCACGGCUGUCAGACACGUUCUCUCGCCCUCUCAGACACGGCAGAAAUCCAACAAUGCAAUCUAUGCUUCUAUGACACAAGGUUCCCCCGCGCCCAACUACGCCGAUCCGUCGCUCAAUUCACCCAAGCGAGCGUAUCCCAUGGAUGAUUAUGACGAUGACAGCCGCCCGCGCAAGUUCGCUCGCGCUGAGUCUCCUUUGAAGGGAGCGCAACCUCGACGCCUUGAUCAGCCCAAACGGGUGCAGCAGCUGAACGGUCAAAACACCUCAUACAAACCCCAAGGAUCUCCAGCUCCUCUGCCUCGCGAAGUGGUUACUCUUCUGAGCAUCAUCCCCCCCGCUCACUCAUACAACAUCAACCGUCUUUCCCCCGAGAAAAUGGUUGAGCUCCUCCACCACGUUAAUAUCCCCGCUCAAGCUCCGCAGCCACAAAAUCCCGGCGGAGGAAUGCCAUACUCUGGCUCCUACCGUUGA